GUUUGUUGUGAUCCGGUCCGGGGCAUCAGGAGUUAGAGAAGUAGCGGAUUGAAAACUUUGUGUCGUCAAGUGUUGUUGGUGGAAAUAGAAGAGUCCCUGUCUGACAAAAGACGGGAAAUAUGGCUUUGUAAACUCCACUCCGUCUUCGUCUGCGCGCUGUGAAGCUUCGAGUGCUUUGCUUCCGCAACACACUUUCCAGGACAAUCCAGAAACUAUGGGGUCUUUCGGUGUUUCCCGAAUUCUUUUAUUUAUCCAGCGCACCCUUUGUGCUUUUGAACAAUUCGAUGGCAGCAGACGACACGAUGGCGGCAUCGACCCGUUGCAAGAAAAUUCCUCCUAUUUCCACAGGCGGGCUCGCCGUUCCCCAUCUCCGACAGGCUAGCCGUAGCCAAUCACGGGCCGGCGUGGGGGCGGAGCCAGCGGUGAAGCAGCACUUAAUUGGUGAUGGUCACUCAGAUUGGAUGACGGAAAAAGUAGAUUUGUCCUCAUUUGUGUCUACGACCGAGUCCUCUCCAAGCUCAUCUUUACCGCCCUCCCCUUUAGAACAGGAUGUCAAGGUGCCGUCUGAUCUGGAGGUUAUGACCUCCUUACUGCAGGAGGAGCUGGCUCAGCUGGAGGACUACUUCCGCUCCGAGUCCACAUCCCAGAAUAACAAGUUGGAGAAAUCCUCAAAAUGUGACAAGGGCGCCCACCAAGCCAUGGGCUCCCAGUCUUACUACCAGUUACCCUAUGGCUCAUAUGGGACCAGCCAAUCAGAGACCAGCCCUGUGGUCGUUACCCUAGCAACAGGGGAGCUGGACCUGUCCAGCUUCUGCGGGAGUCCCAUCGGGCGAGCCAAAAUUGCCCGCCCUGCUCCGUACAACUAUCACCACCAUCACCACCGCUACCACCACCACAACAACGGGCGACGUCUCAUCAGCGAAACAGUGAAAGUUGGAGAGGAACUGGGUCUGGAUACGUGGGGCUCCAGAGGAAGUUACUCAGGAAGCACAGAGCUGUCAGUGAACCACUACUCCACCCUGAAGACGGUCAGCAAGGGCAGCAUCAGCAGUGUGAAGAAGGUGAGAGAAUGUGCGUUGUCGCUGAAGGAAGAGGAAAGUUACUGUUUUUCCGAGGGAAUGUUCUGCAGCGAAGAGAUCGCUCGGGGUUUCUGCCUCGGUGGCUCGUACGAUGGCCACCACAAGCGCGAGGGACAGUUGAUGCACAACGUGAAGGUUAAUGUAAGUUAUGACAGCACCGGGCUGGAGGUCCUGCACUGCAGCAAAGAUGGAGGAAGUAUUCCCCCAGAGACAAUGGUUGGUGGGGACGGCUACUACCACCAGUCCAUGGGCAGCUCAGAGCCGUACCAUAGCUUUAUAGGAGACCUGGAGCAGCCGCACACACAAGCACACGCUGUCGAGCCCCAACACGGCCACUACCUCUAUCCAGAAUGCCUUGCGGACCAAAGCUACGAAUGUCUGUCCAGAGGAGAGAGUGAGGGGUCGUUGCUGGGUGCCUCCAUCCACCGCCCCACCCAGAGGCUAAAGGAUGAGCCCUGCGGCGUGAAGCCUGCUCUGGUGAUGGGCGCCGUCUCUCUGGAUGUCAACAACGGUGAGAGGAAGCAGAAGAAGAGAGACCAGAACAAGACGGCUGCUCACAGGUACAGACUGCGCAAGAGGGCAGAGCUGGACUCACUGGAAGAGGAGCUACACGGCCUUGAGGGUCAGAACCGGGAGCUUCGUGACAAGGCAGAGUCAGUGGAGCGAGAAAUCCAGUACGUCAAAGAUUUACUCAUCGAGGUCUACAAGGCUCGAAGUCAGCGGCUCAAACAAGACGGCAGUGCCUAGAGGAACAGAGAAGGAUCACCCCUCCCCCACCCGACCAGCACCAGGAGAAACACAACAGGGUUUUGUCUCACAAAAAUGGUAGUUGCAUGAUUUUGGUAGUACUUUUGUAUUUAAGAUAAUAUAUCUAUAUAUCUAUAAAUAUAUUUAGUUGGAAGGAGAAGGGUGAGGAACUCCCACAGGCCUUAGCGAGGCAGCUUCAGGGGAGAUGCUGGACUUGUCCGUGACCACUGUGAUCUCGGCCACUCCCACCGAGCCUGCGAACAUUCAAAUAGAAGUAGUGACUCCCAUUUGCUUGUGGUUUUUGUGACACACACCCACAUUAAUGCGGAAUAUAAAUCUAUUUUUAUUUAAUUUUUUUUUUUUUUUACUCUACAACGUUUCAGUUGCUGAAAACAAUCAGAUGGUUCUAAUGGAACUGCAGUGAAGUGUGUUAACAUGCUCAUCUUGAGACAAUGUGUAUCGAUAAAACGCUCUGAAGGAACCAAAUGCAUGUCGAUUUUUGGAAAAAGCAUGUGCGAGUGUUAUUUGAGGGCAUUAUUCCUUUAACUGCAUGGCUUCGAGAUCACCUCACCUCCUGAGUUUCUUCUCCUCUGAUUCAGGUUUUUGCUUCUCUGAUCCGAGACACACAGACACGUUUGUUUUUCUUCAACUCGGCUGUAUUUCUGCGAACAAACAAUCACAUGUUGACGCAACAAUAAAAAGUUUGGUGACCACUUCAUGAGGAUGUUGUC